GAAACAUCUGCCCCGGAUCUUUUUCCCCUUCUCCACUGGCUCAUCCAGACGCGACCCCUCCCUGGACGCAGUCGUAACGCCCAGGCGUGACGUAGGCUGCUUCGUUGGUGUUGAAAAGCCGUUGCAGUUCUUCAUAGUGCCAUUGAAGUGAGUCACCUCUUGGUAGUGUGGCGAAAAGGAAAAUAAGGGGAGGGGGGAAACGACGACCGAAAAAAACCAACAACAAAAAAAAACAAAACACAACAACUUCGAAGUGUUCCGCGAACAGCAGAUAGCUCGAAUCGAGUCGCAGCACAGGCCCGGCGACGGAAACACUCCGAGGGCUCGACGCGCUUUAAAUCGAACGCCAACCCGCGUGAGUCACUCGUCCGACUGCAGGUUCACUCGCGUCGCCCGGAUCUGACCGCUGAAGAUGUGCGCCUGACCGACGGGGGAAGUCUGCGCGCCCGGGAGGAUCUUCGGCGCAGGUCCGUCAAAGCGCGACGAGGAGAAGACCUGCGAGAAAGUUACUGUGGAGGAGAGAUUUCGAUUCCGAGCUGCAGAAAAAAAAAAGAAGCCAAAUCCCUCCGAUGUUUUAGGUUCGUUCAGAGGAGCGCAGUGGCACUUUGUCUUUGCCAACUCUUCUCUGGAUAUCCCGAAUUAACAGCGUCUCGAGUCAGAGGAUUUUUUUAAAUUAUUAUUUUCUUCUGUCGGUGCCUUUUACCUGCGGGGAUUUAAACAAACAAAAAAACCAAACGACAAGGUUUCACACCUCCACGCGUCUGCUGAAAUCUGCCUCUCUCCCUGGACCAUGUACCAGGACUACUCCGGGAACUACGACACGUCGUCCCGCGGCAGCAGCACCUCUCCGGCCCAGCCAGAGUCGUUCACGAGCGGCAGCAGCACGAUAGGAAGUCCGAUCUCUACCUCAAGCUACCAGAAGUACAGGGUUGACAUGCCCGGCUCCAACAGUGCCUUCAUACCCACCAUCAAUGCAAUCACAACCAGCCAAGACCUACAGUGGAUGGUGCAGCCCACCGUCAUCACCUCCAUGUCCAACCCUUACUCCCGCUCCCACCCGUAUGGCCACCACCUGACCAACGGGUCGGGGCUGCUGGGCCACAACACGCUGGCUCGGCCCGGGGUCAUCCGCUCCAUCGGGGACGCCAGAGGCCGGCGCAAGCGGGACGAGCAGCUCACCCCGGAGGAAGAGGAAAAGAGGAGGGUGAGGCGCGAGAGGAACAAGUUAGCCGCCGCCAAAUGCCGCAACCGACGACGAGAGCUCACCGAGUUGCUGCAAGGGGAAACUGAGAAGCUGGAGGAGGAGAAAGCAGACCUGCAGAAGGAGAUCGAGAGUCUGCAGAAGGAGAAAGACAAGCUGGAGUUCAUGCUGGUUGCCCACAAUCCCGUGUGCAAGCUGCCCACUGAGGAGCGCCACCAGCACCAACACCAGCAUCAGCACCAGCACCAGCACCCGCAGCAGCACCAGCACCAGCACCAGCAGCAGUGCACCCCACUCCCCCUGACCAUGCGCCCCAGCAUGGGCUCCCGGGCUCAGAUGAGCCAUGUGGUGGUGAAGCAAGAGCCGGAUGACGACGGGCAGGAUGUGGGCAAGCCUCAGCGCUCCGUCAUCAAGCCCAUCUGCCUGGGUGGCGGUGGCGUCAUUGGCGGGAUGUACUGCACAGACGGGGACAGCCUGAACACGCCGGUGGUCGCCGCGUCCACCCCGGCCGCCACGCCCAACGCCCCGAGCCUCAUAUUCACCUACCCGAGCAUGCUGGAGCCCGAGAGCCCGUCGCCCUCGUCUGAGUCCUGCUCCAAGGCCCACCGGCGCAGCAGCAGCAGCGGCGACCAGUCCUCGGACUCCCUCAACUCACCCACCCUCCUGGCCCUCUGAGCGAGGGCUUCGGCUGGGGAACAAACCAUGUGAGCCGCGUCCCCUCCGCAGGGAGACCCACAAGGGCUACGCAGUGUGUUUCUUCUUGUUCUGCUUCAGUGUAAAAAAAAAAAAAAGAGAAAACAAAAGUGUUUGUAAAAGUGUGUGCACCAAAACCUGAAAAGUGUCAUCCCUUCGCCAUUUCAACUCGAGUGUCAACUUGUUUACCGGGCAGACAACCCCUGAAGAGAGAGAGAGACGUGCCUACGCAGGGGCGAGCGUGAGUUGAUGUGACUAAUACUAGAAAGCGUGUUCUUAAUUAAUAUAUAUUUUUCAACCUGUUGAAAAAGCCAUGCCGACACUUGCACUCCGCCAAGACGAAUCAAUAAAUCCCCUUUACGAGGUCAGCAUUUUUCCUGCAAAGAGACAAUGAGCAAAGACUUUGUGUUCUCUUUUUUUUUCUUUUUUUUCCACAUUUAGAUUUGUCCUUGUAACCUCGACCUUUGCUUCAGGAAUUGCUACCAAGAGCGUGUGCACAUUUCUGCUGUUAUUUCCAUCUCUUUAACGUAUUCUAUGGACUGUGCUGAUUCAAGUUUUGCAAAGUGUCCUGUCGAGACACUGCCGUCUCCUUAAUCUGCCUGUAGUAAAGCAAAGUACGCACUCCUCGGCGUUGCGAGCGACACAAGCCAACUUUCAAAUCGAUGACUAGUUCCUCAAUACUCUAUACCUUCUAUUUUGCCAUAGUGGCUUGACUUUAUAGUAGUAUUGGUGUGCUUCUCCUCAGUGAUUCUGUACCUGAACUUUACAACCUGUUUAUGGCUAAAGUGUAUGUUGAUUCACAUUGAUGUCAGGGACAUGUGUCUGGUGUAGUGGAACCCCUUCAGGCUGUUGGGCGGUCGAGCAAAAGUGUUGCCGAGUUGGUACCACACGUGUGGGGGGACGGUCAACUUCAUCGCUUUCACCGCGUCACAUCGAGAGCGGCUCGUCUUUCUCGCUCAGACGUAAAGGUUGGGACGAAACCCCCCUCCACCGGAUUCCGAUCUUUUUUGUUUCCUACAUUCUCUCGAUAAAGGUCUUCAACUUUUUUUUUCCAACACUGCCUCUCGGGGGCAGGUCAGGUUUCCAAAAGCCAAAAAGGUUUUUGUAUGACAUAUUUAAUCCUGUAAUUUGUCCCGUCUUUGUCUGCAAGAAGGGAUUUUUAUUUUUCUUUCGCUCAAAUUUGAAAAUAGCCACUGUGGUCUAGACUGUCGCCAGCUGCCAAUGAUGUCAACCCUGUUUAUACUGUGUUUGUAAAUCUGUCACUUUUAGUAAAGAAAUGAUGUUUAAAUUCAACUCAGAUGUGCUAAUUUAUGGGUGUAUGAACAUAUGCCAACAUGGAGGUACUCAGCAGAAGCGAGAGCCAGACACGGUUCACUUUUCGACCACGAGGAAGGAAUAAGAAGACUCUCUCUACAGCUGGCCUGACAUGAAAGAGGGGACACCUUGAGAAGAUGUAAUGUUCCUGAAGUUCUAUGAAGCACUUCUUUUCCAUUAUUUUUACAUGUGUAUAUUAAAAGGGAUGAGGGAUUUCAAUACCGUGCACUGAGAAGGACACAACAGAGAUAUUAGGGACUCUUUUGUUUUCGUUUUUUGUUUACUUCAAACAUUCCUAAUGAAUAUAAUGUCAGGGGUGAAAGGGGGUGUCCUCUUUGUUCAAACCUUUUUUUGUUAUCAGAGGAGGGAAAGUUGCAGUCGGAGGACUUUUGUUGCGCUGGAUGCAGAAUACAGACUUUGAAAUUCAACACAAGCUGCUGCUACUUGUUUGGGAAAAAACAUGUUGGCUCUUAAUAUGUCACUGAAGUUGGGUUUAAGAUCACUGGUGGCAACAUUGUGUAAUGCAGCAGGACGUCUUUGCUCCUGUGCGGCAAUGUAAGGAGGUGAAAUGAUAACCAAAAACAUGACUGGACAAAGUCUGAUAUGUCUGUAUGUUGAAAUAUUCUGAAGCCCCUCCACACACAUAGGAAAGCCAUCGACUGUAGAUCUUUUAUUGUACAUGUCAUCUACUGUCUGUCGCCUGUUUUCAACUUCUAUUACUUCUUUUCCAAAUGCUUUAACUGUUUAAAAUGAUUCAAAAUUAAUAAAAAACAGCAAUAUGUAUAGCAGUGUUUGUUAAUUUAAAUGAGUAAUAAUAAUAAUAAAAAGAAUGAUUUUGAACUUGGA